UUAAACAGCAUUCCCGGCAAAAUGCUGAAUUAGUCCGAUGAAAAACCACGCGAAAUCUCGUUAAUUACAGUUCAAACCCCCAUGAGACGCAUAUCAAAAUAAUCUACGAAAAACGGGCGAAAAUUUGGUGUGCGCCAUUUCCCGCUUUUCUUUCCCCCUAGUGAAAAAACUUAGGUUAAAUUAAAUGUCAAGACCCCAAUAGCACGCGUAUCGUUAUUCGAUUGUAAAGUCGGCGUUCCGGCGAUUCUCUGCGACCAAUCAGAAUCGCGCGGGAAACACUCGUGACUUGCGCCGGCCAAUCCUAAGCGCGCGAUUUGAAUUCCCUCUUCGUUCUUUGUGGAUGACGACAAGUUUUGUAUACAUUCGUUGGGUGUAAAGUGCUGUCAGUGUAAAAUAUCUUUUUAUCCAUGAUUUAAACAAAAAUACAACCAGACACAACGAACUGCCGUCAAAUAACGCAUCAAAGCUAAUCGUCAUGUCUGCCGUCAUGGACAUGUAUUUGAGCGCAUCCGAUUCAAUGUCAUUUCAAGACUUUUUGGACAUCGACAUUAAAUCCGAAAUAGAAUCGUUGGUCGGCGGUCAUAACGACUUUUCCGGCUUGAAUUUCUCAGAAUUGCCUCCAUUAGAAUUGGAAGACGUUUCUGAUAUAAAAUGGUUUUCGUCAAACUCGAACCAUUCAAAUUCCAGCUUAAAUUUAGAUUUUAACGGCGAAGAACGGACUACAAUGGUCAAUCCGAACGCCGUAAUGCCUGCUAUUUCCUUAGCCCAAAAUAUACGUUCGCCAUCACCUACGUUAAAAGAAAGUCAUUUAACAUUCUCUCCAUCCACUAUUAAAAUAACAACAAUGAAACAAGAAGCAAAUCAAGUGAAAAAAGAUCUAUUAAAACGAUUGAGUGACGAAGACAGGGAAGAUAAACCCCCUGUAUUGAAAACAAUAAGUAAAGUCACUCCAAUCAUUUCGAGACCUCCAGCUAGGACUAUAACAAAGCCGACUUUGUUAACUUUUAGAAAUACAAUUAAUAAACAAGUUAAUUCUUCAAUUACGGUAGCUCAAGUUAGUCACGUAACUACGGUUAAAACUGUAACUUCCACUAAUCGAAAACUAAACAAUAACCGAUUCAGUGAAGAUGGCGAGAGGAUUUACCCAAAGCCGGCGUACAGUUACAGCUGUCUGAUCGCAAUGGCGUUGAAAAAUAGCAGAUCGGGUAGUUUACCCGUCUCAGAAAUUUACAAUUUCAUGUGCAAACAUUUUCCUUACUUUAUAACGGCACCUAACGGCUGGAAAAAUUCAGUCCGACAUAAUCUGUCGUUGAAUAAAUGUUUCGAAAAAAUAGAAAAGCCUGCAAUUAAUGGAGCUCAAAGGAAAGGCUGUCUGUGGGCCAUGAACCCCGCUAAGAUCAGUAAAAUGGACGAAGAAGUCCAGAAAUGGUCCAGGAAGGAUCCUUCAGCUAUAAGGAAGGCUAUGAUCAAUCCUGAAAAUUUGGAACCAUUGGAAAGGGGCGAGUUGAAGUUUUCGUGCAGUUACGAUGAAGGAGAUACAUUCGGGGAUUCCUGUGGGAGUGCAGAGAGUGAAGAAGGAUCGGAUUAUGAAGAAGGACCGAAGAGGGAUUUCGAGUUUGUGAUCAAGGCGGAGAAUGAGGAUGGGAGCGAUUUCGAUAUUGAAGUUAGUAGUGAUCUUGAUGUUGAGGCCUCCGAUGAGGUGUACGAAGACAUAGAAGAGGAUCAAGAGAUGUUGCGAGUGGAAAUGGCGCUCGCUCAGAAGGAACUAAUGGAGUACGAAAAGCCCGUCAAUAGUAAGAGGCGGAGGACGUACAUAGUUCAGAAUUAAGUUGGUAUUUGUAUAAACAAAUUAUGUCGGUGUCCAUCUGGUCACACAUCUCCAUAAGUUAAAGUGAAGCUGUGUAAGAUUGGUGAUAAUUGUAAAUAAUUGUAACUUUCCUGCCCGUGUAUUUCUUAAGAUUAGUUGAUUCAUUGUUUUAUACUUGAAGACUGCCCUUUAGAUUUUUUUCAUUAAAAUCAACUAGUUUUAUGUUUUAUGAAACAAUGAAUUGAAAGAAGGAUUUUUGUUAUAUUUUCUUUGUACGCCUUGUGCUAUUUCCAUUGUCAGUCACACUGGCAACGUCGCAACUGCGAUUUUGAGCUGAAAUAGGUUACAACCGGACCCUUUAGAGGCAAAAGUCCACUAUUUCAUACAGCAGUGAGAGAAUGGCGAUGGAAACCGCACGAAGUGUAUUUUGUAAAAUUUCGUCAUUUUGCCAAGACAGUAUUUGGAAGUAGAUGUGGACUGAUGGCAAGAGCAAAAUUAAUCGAUCCAAAUGUGAAUGCCUGACAUUCACAUUUGGACCGUUUUUGUGUUUGUUUACAUACGUGCCUUUGCUCCAAACUCAAUUUUUAGGUCUGUAUUUCCUCUUGGUGGGACCAGUUCACAGAUUUUUUAUUUUGCUCUUAUUUUAUUCGCCACUUUUUAAUCUCACUUAAUGUAUCAUGUGAUAGUUUUCUCAUCCAAUUUGUGCUAAUUUCUUUGGCGUAUUAUGUUUUUUUCAGAUAGUAUUAAAAAAACACGUUUUUCAAUGCAGUCUGGACAAUUGAAAUUUACUAAUCAUCUGUAGUCUCGAUCGUCAAUGUAGGUAGGAUUUUUUUAAUUUUUUAAGAGCAAAAGAGAACAGACUUUAUUUUAUUAAAAAAUUCCUAGCUUUGAGUUGAAGCUUUUGUCAAAAAUUUUGUACUAUAUAAUUGAUUUUGUAUUUUUUUUAUUUUAACUUUAAGUAAUUUGUUAUAAGAUGAUGUACAAAUUUUGUUAGUUUUAAUAAAUCCUUGUAAAAAUAAAAUCGUCACUUUUUAAUAAUAAUUGUUUUGAUUUCCUACCAUUAGUGAAACAACAAACGGUUUGAAGCUAUUCAGCUUAUUUUUACAAGAGAUUAAGUCAUAAUUCAUAGAGUAGUAACUUGUAGGUCCCUAAUUUCCAAAUAAAAAUUAAUUUGUA